UGUUGGGUAGAUUGACACAACCAGUUCAACCAGUAAGAUCCCAUAAAAUGAUUAUAGCUGGUGGAGUCUAAUGAUCAGAAAGGGCUACAAGCUGAUCUGAGUAAGAGCUUCUCAACGAUGAGCCGAGGUCUCAACAAUACUGUAUCUUCUCUGCAGAGAAGUGGAACUUUGAUCAAUUCUCUAAUUGCUGCAUUGACUAUUGGUGGCCAACAGCUGUUUUCCUCAUUUACGUUCAAAUGUCCCUGUCAGAUUGGGAAAAAUUUCUAUUAUGGUUCUGCUUUUCUAGUCAUCCCUGCCUUAAUACUUCUGGUUGCUGGUUAUGCUCUGAGGAGCCAGACGUGGACAAUUGCCGGUGAGUACUGCAUCUGUGUCCCUCCACCGCGGAGAAUCAGCCUUCUGGAGCGCAAGCUGGCUUGCCUUCGGUUCUUCAGCAUCACUGGGAGGGCCCUUGUUGCUCCUUUAACGUGGCUGGCAGUGACCUUGCUGACAGGCACCUACUACGAAUGCGCAGCAAGUGAAUUCACAUCUGUGGACCAUUACCCAGUGUUUCACAACAUUAGCGCCAGCAAACGAAAAGAGAUCCUAGCAGGGUUUCCAUGUUGCAAAUCAGCUCCAGCGGACAUAAUCCUGGUGAGAGAUGAAGUUGCUCUUCUGCACAGGUAUCAGUCACAAAUGCUAGGCUGGAUUUUGAUCACCCUGGCAACUACUGCUGUCCUAGUCUCCUGCUGUCUGGCGAGAUGCUGCUCCCCCCUCACCUCUCUGCAGCAUCACUACUGGACCACCCACCUCUGCAAUGAGAGAGAGCUCUUUGAAAAAGCGGCAGAGCAGCACUCACGGCUCCUUAUCACGCAGCGCAUCAAGAAGCUAUUUGGCUUCAUUCCUGGAACCGAAGAUGUCAAACACAUUCGUAUUCCCUCGUGUCAGGACUGGAAAGAUAUUUCAGUACCCAGUUUUCUCUGCAUUGGUGAUAACUUGCAAGGUCACUAUAGCUUCCUGGGAGACAGGGUGGAUGAGGAUAAUGAGGAAGGGAAAUCAGGAGAUAUUGAGUUAAAAUCUUAAUUAUAGCACCUUUCACAACUCAGGUUGCUUAACAGCUAUUUUAUUUCUAUGAUGAUGGAGUUGCAGUGUAAUCUCUUCAUCUUUUUUUCUCUCUUCUGAUAUUUGUUUACAUAAGCCCAUCCUAAAUGCUAUUUUCAGUCAAUUUAUCUAAUAUGUCUUUUUGAAAUUUCACUGAUGGUCUGACUGGUCUAAUGAAAACAAUGUGAAAUCUGAAGUCAUGUCAAAAUUUGAAUCUUAGUUGUUACCUUUUAGCUAUGUAAAAAUUAAUAUCUUUGAGUGCCAUUUUGUUACCUGCACAUAGUAGCUACCUCACAGAGCUCUUGUAAAGCUAUAUGUGCUAAUUAAAUGGGAUAAUAUAAGCAAAGUACUCAGCAUAGCGCCUUUCAUAAAAUAGGUGCCAAUAAAUGUUACUUUCAUCUUCCUCUUUGCAGUCCCUGUCUUCUAUCACUGUUUUCCCUGUCUCUAAUUUCUGUUUUGUUUUUUUAUUCCCCCAAUUUCUACCUCUCUAUAAUAUCCAGGAACUUGUCACUGCUUCCUUCUCUUUUUUCAAGCUUAAAUAUCUGACCUUUUGGGAACUAGGAUAAAAGCCCUUUCUAAACUGUUAACAUGUAAAGGAGAAGCCCAGUCAAGAAGGUCUUGAGUCACCCUGCCAUAAUCAGGGGAAGAUGAUGCAUAACGUAUCCUCAUUAGUGUCAUAAAUGUCAUUGGUAGCACCUCCAGACUAGGAGCAUUUUUAUAGCUUUGAUAUAUAAAGUUUAUUCUAGAAAGCUUCCCCCCUGUGCUCCACCACAGACAUACCAUGUGUGCCUUUUUUUUUUCUUUUUCUUUCUUUUUUUUUAAAUUGAAGUAUAAUCAGUUUACAAUGUUGUGUCAAUUUCUGGUGUACAGCAUAAUGUUUCAGUCAUACAUAUAC